AAUAAACCCCUCCAUCUAGUCAAGUUCCGUGGGCGUCAGGACCACUCCUUCCGGCGCGGCGGAGAUCGGAAUCGACGGCGAUGGCGACGACGACGGCGAGAGCCCUCCAGCCACUGCUCCCUCUCUUCCUCCUCCACAUCCUGCUACUCUCCUCCGCCUCCGAGGAGUUCCCGCGCGACGGGCGGGUGAUAGAGCUGGACGACAGCAGCUUCGAGGCGGCGCUGGGCGCCAUCGACUACCUCUUCGUCGACUUCUACGCCCCGUGGUGCGGCCACUGCAAGCGCCUCGCCCCCGAGUUAGAAGAAGCUGCACCGGUGUUGGCAGGACUGAGUGAGCCCAUCAUAGUUGCCAAAGUAAAUGCUGACAAGUACCGGAAGAUUGGGUCGAAAUACGGGGUGGAUGGAUUCCCUACCUUGAUGCUUUUUAUUCAUGGGGUCCCAAUUGAAUACACUGGUUCAAGAAAAGCUGACUCGCUUAUCCGCAAUCUUAAUAAAUUUGUUGCACCUGAUGUUUCUAUUCUUGAGUCAGACGCUGCAAUUAAGAGCUUUGUUGAGAAUGCCGGCACGAGCUUUCCGAUGUUCAUUGGGUUUGGGGUGAAUGAGUCAUUGAUUGCUGAUCAUGGAGGGAAAUACAAGAAAAGAGCAUGGUUUGCUGUUGCAAAAGAUUUUUCUGAAGAUCUCAUGGUAACAUAUGAUUUUGAUAAGGUUCCUGCAUUGGUUUCACUUCAUCCAAAGUACAAAGAACAAAGUGUAUUCUAUGGCCCAUUUGAAGGAAGUUUCUUGGAAGAUUUUGUACGGCAAUCCCUGCUUCCUUUAACUGUCCCCAUCAACACAGAGACACUAAAAAUGUUGGAUGAUGAUGACAGAAAAGUUGUUCUUGCUAUUUUGGAGGAUGAUUCAGAUGAAAAUUCUUCACAGUUGGUAAAAGUUUUGAGGUCUGCUGCCAACGCGAACCGUGACUUGGUGUUUGGCUAUGUCGGAGUCAAACAAUGGGAUGAAUUUGUUGAGACUUUUGAUAUUUCCAAGAGCUCACAGCUGCCAAAGCUAAUUGUGUGGGAUAGAAACGAGGAGUAUGAAGUGGUGGAAGGUUCAGAGAGGUUAGAAGAAGGUGAUCAGGCUUCUCAAAUAAGCCAAUUUCUUGAGGGAUAUAGAGCAGGAAGGACAACAAAGAAGAAAGUCAGUGGACCUUCUUUCAUGGGCUUCCUGAACUCUCUUGUCAGCCUGAACUCUCUAUACAUUCUUAUAGCUGUCAUCGCUCUUCUUGGUGUCAUGAUGUACUUUGCUGGGCAAGAUGAUACUCCUCAGGUAAGACGAGCUCAUGAAGAGUGAAAGAAGCUUACCGAAAGAGGCUAUCCACCAGGAGAGAGAUAUAUAUAUAGUUCAGAGGUCAGAUUUCAAACCUCGAACUGAUGAUAUCCUGAAGGAUCUGGUUAUAUCGGUAGAUUCUGACAUCGUUGUAUCUCUGUCGGCAAUCAUCAAUGUGUGCUUUGUGCGCUCCUGCGGUUCUGCCUUCUAUUCCUCCGGUUUAUUUGUGAGUUGGAACUUACACUAGCUUUCCACAUGUGCAUGAUAGAAAACGCGUUUCUUAGUUCAGUUCUAAUUUGAACAGUUCACUGUGAAAAUAUUUUUGUUGUCGGACUCUUGCCAAACCAUUUGUACAACUGAUACGAUAGUAAUAAGGCUUGUAUAUCUGGAGCGAGGUUGUGU